AUGCUUUUAAUUGACCUGGUCUUCCUAAUCCUUUUCCUUAUUCAGACUGUGGUUGGGCUUCUGGAAAACUCAAUACUACUCAUGCUGUUUGUCAGUGUCUUCACUUCCCACAGACAUCAUAAAAAGCCCACAGACCUGAUUGUUGCCUACCUGACUGUGGCCAACACAGGGAUACUUAUCACACAGGUGGCCCCAGGGAUGAUUCUGGCCAUCAGGUGGGAAAAUGCAAUGGACGUGGUGGGGUGCCAGAUCGCCCUGUUCAUCAGAAGAGUGGCCCGGGGACUUUCUAUCUGCAACACCUGUCUUCUGAGCGUAUUCCAGGCCAUCACCAUCAGUCCCAGCACUUCCCGCUGGGCCCAGAUCAAACCCAGCCUCUCCAAGUAUAUCGUCUCUAUCUUCCUCUUUUUCUGGGUUCUCAACUUCAUGGUAGAAAUGAACAUACUAAAAUCCAUUGAAGUCAGCCAAAAUGUCACUCUCACCCUCCAUGUUGACAGGAGGAGAUGUUGUCUUAAUAUGAUCCGGGGGAAUUAUUUAAAUAAUGUGGUUUUUCUAACUGCCAAGGUGAUCCGAGAUGCCGUCUUUGUGUUCCUCAUGAGCUGGGCCAGUGGCUACAUGGUGAUCGUGCUCUACCGACACCAUAAACAGGUCCAGCACAUUCACAGCACCAGCCUCUCCCCGAAAUCCUCAGCAGAGACCAAAGCCACCCAGACCAUCCUGUUCCUCGUCACCUGCUUUGUUUCCUUUUAUUGCAUCAACAGCAGCCUUACCCUGGCUUUGAAUUUUUUCGAGGAGGACGACUUGAGGUUAUAUGAUCCUGUAUUAUUUCUAGGUUCCUGUUACUCUUUCUUUGGACCCUUGGUGCUCAUUAGUAAUGACCCCCGAGUCUCCAAACUACUAUGUCCUCUUGGAAGAGAGAGAGCCCUCUCUGCCUUCAUAUCCCAGUGA